AUGAAUAGCGAAGAUGUGGCCUCCAUUAUUCUGUCGUCGAAUUAUUCUGGCGCAUGCGAUCAUACACCGCUAACAAAUGAAGGCAUUCUUAAACUUACGGAUCAACAGUCUAUUGUCAUUUAUGGUCCAACUCUCUUUGCAUUGAAGUAUCGAGUUCUUCCUUGCACAGUAAAUCCAAAAAUACAUCGUUCCACUGACUAUGUUGAUGUUUCCACAUUUAAUUCGAUUGGUCAGGGUGUGUCUUUUGCUCGAGGACGACAAUGGUCUUCAAAAAGAAAACAAGGAGGAAUGUAUCAUGCCACAAGUGCCAUAAACUUUAUCAUCAAUGAAUAUAAAUUGGAUCGAAAUAGAUUUAUUUACGAUUGGAGCUAUGACGCAUCGGAUAAGAGUUCUCUUAUUUCCACAGUUUAUAUUGAUCUGGGAAAUUAUCUAUCAGUACAAUUCAGUGGUGGCUCUAUAAGUCCGACAAAUAUAGACAAUCCCAAUGCUCUAGAACCAGACCAUGAAACAAAUAUCUUCCAUUGCUUUACUUAUGCUACGAUCUUCCAUGUUCCACAAACAGCAGAUCGUGCACGAACACUUUUUGAACAAUUGUCAAAAUUUAAACUAUUCCCAAUCACUACGGCCACCUUACAAAUGGUUUGUCAUGAUGCUCAAAAUGGAUUCUACACUUCAUCCAUUCGUAUGAACCAGCCUCGUAUUACUGAUCUUAAACUUCACUAUGGUGACGAAUUUGAGAUUAUUCACGAACAACUUCUCGAAACAUUACAAGAAAAAGAUUCCACUGGUAUAACGUUUCUUCACGGUCCUCCGGGUACCGGAAAAACUUACUAUUUGCGCUAUUUGAUCAAUGAAAUCAAAGACAAGAGUUUGAUCUAUGUUCCACCUGAUCUUGUCAAUGAUAUGACGAAACCUGGUUUUUUACCCUUCCUCAUGAAACAUCCGAACUCCAUUCUGAUCAUCGAAGAUGCCGAGAAUAUUAUUCGCGAUCGAAUACAGGAUAAUUUUCUACCCAACCAGGCUGUGGCUAAUCUACUCAAUCUUUCUGACGGUCUUCUCGGAGAUGCCAUGCAUCAACAAAUUAUUUGUACAUUCAAUUGUGAUGUCAAGGGCAUCGAUCCUGCUCUUCUGCGCGAUGGACGACUAGUGAUCGAACACAAAUUCGAUAAACUGAACGUACAAAAUGCCCGUCGUAUGUGCGUGGAGUUAGGUUUAUCCGACUAUGGCAACGAUAUUCAUGAACCAAUUUCUUUAUCUGAGAUCUAUGCACGAAAGAAUAACACAGAGGCAGAUUUGGCAAAUGGUCACACAACGAAGAAUAACCGAACAUUGAAGAAACGCAAUCAGAAAGUUGAUCCUUUUCUUGGGUUUUAUUCUUAA